GCUUGGCACUUGUGUUUAUCUAUGGAGUGCUUCAAACAGCAAAGUGACUAAGCUUUGUGACUUGGGGCCUUAUGAUGGUGUUUGUUUUGUCCAGUGGACCAAGGAGGGUUCUUUCAUAUCUAUUGAUUUUGUUUCCAAGAAAUCGCCGAAAGGGGUGUCUGGAAUCGAGAAAGAUUCGUGCGUGAUUGAUAUGAAGUGCAGUAGUCACAAAGGGUUUUCUGAGAAUUCACAAGGUGAGAGGAUUUGUAGGAUUUGUCAUCUGGCUUUUGGACCUGCGUCAGAUGCAACAAUUGUCGAAAGUGCGAGCGUUACGAGUGGAGAUUUUAUUCAACUUGGUUGCGUGUGUAAAGACGAGCUCGACAUUGCUCAUGUUUAUUGUGCUGAAGUGUGGUUCAAGCUAAAGGGAAGCAGAUUAUGUGAAAUAUGUGGCGAGACUGCAAAAAAUGUCUCGGGUGUUACUACUAACGGAGUUAUGGAAGAGUGGAAUGAUAGAAGAUUCAUGGACAACAGCGGUAACUCAUCGUGCAGGUUUGGUGGAUGCCGGCGAGCACAGCCGUAUUGUAAUUUCUUGAUGGUGUGCCUGGUAAUAGCUUUCAUUAUGCCAUGUUUUUUUCAUGUAAACAUGUUCUAGCAUCGGAAUCAAACACUUAUAUAUUUUAAUGUGAGUUGCUGAACUUUUCUAUUCAUGUAAUGGCUGUAUUUUAAUGUGAGUUGCAGGAGACUUAGGGAGAAUAAGGAAGCUGUAGAGCUUGAGGCAGAUCCAGAAAGGGAUCAAAGAAUUGUUUCUGCCUAUUAGGAUUUGAAUUCAACCUUAUUGAAGAGUAGAGGACUUUCUCCGGAGAUAUUGCUGCUUAAAUUAAGCACAAUAACAAAUCUCAUCAUUUCAAAGUUGAUACUGAAUCAAAUGUGUUGACGAUAUUUACUCUCACAGAUUUCGUGACUUCUGCUAAAGCCGUUGCUUUUAUUCGAUUACCUGAUUACAAAUCCGGCAAGAUUGAAGUUCAAUAUCUUCAUGAUCAUGCUGGUUUUACUACUGCUGUUGAUUUGAGUCGCAACCCUGCU